AUGGACUCUUUUUCAAUCGCUAAUUUAAUUGAUACACAUUUUGACGAAAAAAAUAAUCAAGAAAGUUCCGAGGAUGGAUUCGAACAAACAUUAGAGAAUAAUUCUGCUUUAGAUACAUUUUCUAGUUUAACUCAUUCAUCAUCAUCAUCAUUAUCACCAUUCAAAAAUAAACUAUUCGAUAAAUCAAUGAAUGUGAUUAGUCCACAAAUGACACAUUUUAUUACUCAUAAUAAUAAUAAUAAUAAUAAUAAUAAUAAUAAUAAUAAUAAUAGUAAUAAUCAGUUAUCUUAUUCGGAAUGCAAAUUAAUCAAUUCUCCAAGAGAAAUUCAAAAUAUGAAUGAUGAACAAGUACUAUUUUGGAAUAUGUUAGAAUCCAAUCAUGAAUUUUUAUCACAGAAUAUCAGAGAAUCGAAAGAUUUAAAACAGUCAAUUGAUCAAUUAACUAGUAAUCAUAAUGAUGAUCAUGAUGAUGAUGGCAAUAAUAAUUUUAAAAAAUCUAUUAUCCAACAACAAUUAUUACCAUAUUUAAUAUCCUCUAAAUCAAUUCUAUUGAAAAAUUCAAAUACAAAUCAUUUUCACAAACAACAAGGUCAGUCCAUUAUAGAAAACAAUAUAGAAGAUAAUUGUACAUUGAAUAAUUAUAUGAAUGCACACUUGAACAUUAAUCAUACGUCAGAGAAUAUUUGUAACACAGAUUUAAAUAUGAAUGAAAAUAAUACAAUGCAUAAGUUAAAUUUUAAAAAUAUUUCUGACAAUUCUAGUAAGGAUUAUUUAAUUGAAUUAUUGAGAAAAUUAGAAUCCUAUGGAUUAUCAUAUCCAAUUUAUAAGAAAUACAAAGAAAUGUUAUUAAAUUCAAACUAUUCAACAUGUAAUGAUUCUGUGACAACGAUAAAUCAUACAGAACCUGAAAUUAACACAUUACUUGAUCAUAUUCAUAAUACUGAUAAAAAAUGUACCAAUUCUUUUAUUAAUAAGAAUAGUAUUAAUAAUAAAGAUGACAAAUAUAGUGAUCACAUAGUAAAUAACUUGAACAGUCAAGUUUAUUUUCGUAUAAAUUCAAUGAAAGAUUAUUUACCUUUUGUAACAAUGACAACAUCAACAGAAUCAACGGUGACAACAACACAAACAACAUCAGUAGGACAAUUUAAAAAUGAACCAUUAAUAUCUAGAUUGUUAUCAGUACAAUCACCAGUAGCAGCAACAACAACAACACCAACACCAACAACCACAACGUCAACAUUAUCAACUGAUACAACUGCUCGACGAAAACGUACUAGAGCAGCAUUUUCACAUGGACAAGUUUAUGAAUUAGAAAAACGAUUUAAUUAUCAACGUUAUUUAUCAGCUACAGAAAGAGCUGAAUUAGCUAGAUCAUUGAGAUUAUCUGAAACUCAAGUAAAAAUUUGGUUUCAAAAUAGACGAUAUAAAACUAAAAAACGAUUGAUCAGUCGAAUAUUGAAUUCAUCAAAUCAUAGUUCUGAUGAUUCAAUUCUAAAUGAUACACAUUUAGAUCAAUUCAAUGCUCAACAUUCAAUAGCUAUUGAAAAUUCAAAGUAUCCUGUAUUUGAAAUGAAUUCACCUGAACAAUAUCAUCAUUUCACGCAUCAACAUCAGCGUCAAGCAACACAACACCAAAAGGAACAAGAUCAUAUUAAUUAUAAACUGAAGAAUAUAUUCCCUCUUAUGGAAAUGUCUCCUUCAGAAUUAUUAGGUAACUUUGAUGCGGUAAUUUCAAAUCUGCAUCGAAACCGUCAGUAUCAUCAUCAUCAACAACAACAACAACAUCGCAACCAUCAACACGAUCAUCACAGUAAAUUCAAUAGGGAAUCUAAUCAAGUGGAUGAGAAUUUAAAACAAUAUAAAACAUCACAAUAUAUGAAAGAUUUUUUAAAAUCUGACAAUGGAAUUAAAAUUUCAAAAUUGAAACAUUUAACGCCAUCAAAUUUAAAAGAAGUAGAUAAUGAUCAUGUUGAUGUUGAUGUUGAUGAUGAUGAUAAUGAAGCUAAGAGAACAUUGUCGACUGACCAUCAUCAUGAUCAUCAUGAUAACAUUGCAUUUCAUUCAAAUCUAUUCAGCUGGAUGAAUCAUUCAAAAUUAUUACGUCAUCACCAUCAUCAUCACCAUCAUCUUCAAUCUUCAGUAACUGAAUAA